AUGUCGAAUGCAGUCCCGCCUGAUGGCCCCGAGGCGACCAGCCCACCAGCUUGCGCUCUCGGCAGCCUGGAGCCGGAUGGCUUUGCCGCCGUCUGCGAGCAUCUACAGCACGACGAGGUGGCGGCGCUGGCCUCCAGCUGCGCUGCGCUGCGGCAUGCCGUGGCCAGCAACGAUCGCCUGUGGAGCAGCCUGUACGCCCGCCAGUUCCCCGAGCCGUGGCAGCGCCUGACGCAGCCCCCAGCGUCUCUGCAGCAGCAUGGCGGAGCCGGCGGGGGUCUGCGCUCCACCGGCCCCGCCAGCCGCGAAUGGACCACUGACACCACGCCAGUGCACCUGGUCUCCCUGCACGGCAGCGGCGCCCGCCGCCUCACGCUGGCGGCGCAGGGAGGCACCCUGGAGAUGCGGUGCACGCCAUCGCCGGGCCGGCUGGCCCCAGACCGCUCGAUACAGUGCUACGGGCACAGUGCUCGCGUGAGCGCAGCCGCUGUGCUGGAUCUGGGUGGUGCGGUGCGCCGGGCAGGCAUAGUGACAGCCUCCCACGACCAGACGAUCAGGCUGUGGUCCGCCAAUGUGGAUCCAGCAGCCAGCUACUAUUACGGGCAGGCCGCACCCAACGACUCACACCGCCUGCCGCUGACCCUGCUGACCCCGCUUCGCACGCUGAGAGGCCACCAGGAAGCUGUGACCAGCCUGCAGCUGGUGGCGGGCAGCACAGGCGCGUGGAGUGUCACCAUCGCGGCCACAGGAGGCAAGGACCGCACAGUGCGCCUGUGGGGCUUGGCGCCGCUGCUGGCCUCGCCUGUGCAGAAGCCUCAGAUUGCCACGCUGCGGGGCCACGGCGCCCCCAUCACCUGCCUGGCCAUGGCAGUCUGGCAGUCUGGCGGUGGCAGCGCCCUGCUGCUCAGCGGCAGCCUGGACAGCCGGGUGAAGGCGUGGGACCCAUGGACCGCGGCCUGCACCGGCACAGCCAAGUGCGCUGCGCCGGUGGCAGCCAUGCAGCCUGUGGCGGCUUGCCCCGCGCUGCAGCCGCACGGCCUGCUGGUGUCUGGUGGCAGCGGGGCGCAGCUGCUGGACCUGCGCUGCAUGAAGGCGGUGGCGGCGGUGGCCCUGCCACCCGACAGAGCGGAGCAGGUGCACUGCCUUGGACAGCAUGGCUGGAACCUCGCGGUCGGCAGCAGCGACGGCGCCAGAGUAUACGACCUGCGCGUGCUUUCCUCCUCUGCCGGCGCCACCUCUUCUGGCAGCAGCGGCGGCGGCAGCAGUAGGGACCUGCCCGAGCGGCUGCGUCUGGCAGGGCAUGCACGGCCGGUCACCGCAAUCCACGUGGACCGCCUGAAAGUGGUCACCGCCACAGACCGCAACGGAGAGGCCCCGGUGCGUGUGUGGUGCAGCGACAGCGGGGAGUGCCUGGCCGAGCUGGACAGCUGCCUGCCCCCAGCUGCACCGCCUAGCAGCAGCGGCGCGCCAGCCGACGGGCCUGGUGGCAGCGAGGAGCAGCAGGCAGCGGCGGAAGCAGAACCAGGCGGACCGCAAGGCGCAGCUUCAGCAGCAGCAUACGAUGGGCAGGAGGGUGCGGCAGGAUCCAGUCAGCAGCCACCGCAGCGCCAGUACCGCCGCGGCUGGGCCGGGGUCACUGCGCUGGCCUGCCGAGGCGGUGUCCUGGUCACCGGCAACAGCGAUGGAAAUGUGGCUGAGCGGGAUUUCAGCAAAGGUGGCCUGCCUGAGCUGGAGCGCAGUGGCGGCGAGGCAGGCUUGCUGGCUGGGAAGUUCUGGCAAUACCAUGCGGAUAGGUUCAAAAUAUAG